GGAGAGAGACCAAAGGAAGGAAAACUCAGAGGUAAAGUGAGAGAGUGAGAGAGAGAGAGAGAGAGAAAGAGAGAGAGAGGAGGUGGGGAAAGAACGGAAAACUCAGAGGUAGAGUAAGAGAGUGGGCAGUGAAGGCAAGAGCAGCUGUGCAUUCGGUGGACAGAUGAGGGGUCUGGGAGAGAGGUUCACAGCCUGCCACACUGCACUGCCAGGGAAGGGAGAGGGAAAGCACGGAAAACAGCCCGCGAUCAUGCGCCACUGAGGAGGCCGGCGGACCCGCCUCCCGCCCGCCCCGGCCAUGAAGAUCGCCCGGCAGCGCAGGGCCUACCUGGCCCUCGCCCUCAACAUGGUGGCGCUGACGUUCGCCGUGUCCGCGGUGAGCACCAGCUACUGGUGCGAGGGCACGCGGAAGGUGGUGAAGCCCUUCUGCGCGGGCCCCGUCACGGUGAAGCAGACCUACUGCAUCCGCUUCAACAGCUCCAACCUCAACGACAGCCGGCUGGUGCAGUACAUCUGGGAGACGGGCGAGGACAAGUUCAUCAUGCGCAAGUUCCACACGGGCAUCUGGGUGUCCUGCGAGCAGAGCGUGAACAUGAUCGGAUUUACCUGUCGGAAUUUUUUAGAGAUUGCACCUGCGCAUGAAAGAGGGGUCCUGUGGUUGUGCAUCGUGGCGGAAUGCCUGUACAUCAGCCUGCUCUCCAUGGGCGGGGUCCUCAUGUGUGCCGAAAUGUGCUGCCGCUGUGACCUCAUGAACGGACUCAAGAUGAACGCCUUCGCCGCGGUAUUCACCGCCCUGUCCGGCCUGUUGGGGAUGGUAGCGCACAUGAUGUUCACCACGAUCUUCCAGCUGAGCGUGAGUCUGGGCCCGGAAGACUGGAGGCCGAAGACCUGGGACUACAGCUGGUCCUACCUCUUGGCGUGGAGCUCGUUCGCCGCCUGCAUGGCCUCCGCGGUGACGACGCUCAACCGCUACACGAAGACGAUCAUCGAGUUCCGGCGCAAGCGGCGGGUCCUGGAGAAGCACCUGAGGCUGGAGGAGAAGCUGCUGGAGCUCCGCUCCCCGGCGCAGCUGUGGGACGUGUACAUAAGCACCGCCCCGGCCGCCACCGGGGACCUUCUGGAGCCUUCCGGCAAGCCGCCAGGAGACUCCGUCGUCCUGGAGGUCGGGGAUAAGCCAGAUGUUCCCGAGACUCGGCCUGAGGAACACUGCUGAUCGCCGCCUCCCCAGAAUUUUGACUCAUUGACCCUCUUUUCCGAAACUGAUCAGUGUCAGUACUGCAUUGCAGUAGCUGGGAUUCGUUUUUUGCUUUGCAUGGUCUUAACGUGAAGGUGACCCAUGAUGAACCAGUUUAACAAGGAAACUCCUUUAAUCUGAUGUGCUGAUCUUCACCAUAGGAAAUUCUUUCCCUGCUGACAUUCAUGCUUUUGAAUCUGAAAACUUGCAGGCCUGAUAUUUGAUAUAGCCAACUAGAAACAAUUUUGGGUACGUUGCCUCACACAGACUUCAAAGGUACUGUACUUGCACCUGUGCCUUUAUACCUGUCUGCCCCAUCUCUAAACUGGCCUACAGCAAUCAAGCGUUCAUCCUCAGUACAUAAGGGUACAGAGGGGGUUGCCUUGGAAGACAAGCUUAUUAUGUUUCUCUGCAAUACUGUAAAUGCAGUUACACCUACACAUCAUAUAGGCUAAUAGGCUAGGCCUCUGUCAUUAGACUUCUGGCUUCUAUAGUUUCCAGUGUUUAGGUCUAGCUUUUAGCUUGUAGUUAGACAACCUGGUGUAUUCCCAAGCUUUCUCAGCACAUUAAUUGUAACAUGGAACAUUCCAAACUAAAAAGUAAGACAGGAGGAAAUAGUGUAUUCACGAAUUUCCAUACGGCUACAAAAUGCAAUAUAACAGUACCUAAGAGAGUAAUAUGAAACAGGUCAUAUUUACGGAGAGGUAGAGUAAAACCGGGGCUACUGAUUACGUAAUGUGAUUUUGAUCCGCGAUAGACAAAACUGCGGCCAAAACAGUGCUCAGAUUCAGCAGUGUACACUUACUGUAGAAAAGAAGCUUUGAGAGCAUUACGGCAAAGUAAAAAUGCAAGUUAAUAACAAAGGGAUUAAUUUAAAUACUUCAUCCUUGCAAGUAUUAUGAAUAUGACAAGGUAAUACACAGGAAACAGUAAAUUACUUU